GUUUUGCGCGCCUCGUCGCUUUUCUAAUUAAAUGUGCGCGCUAACCCGUUAAAUGGUUUUUGGCCCGUUUAUUUAUUUAAGCCGCAACUCUGAUAACUGUUGGCCGAAAUAACAACAAGCACAACCUUAAAAGCAUUGACCGCAAUUGCGUGUGGGCGUGGCCACCACUAGUGCAUACAGAUCUAACCAGUGGCAAAUCGGGAUAAGACACGCGCCUCCAAUUACCUGUUAACGAUAACAGGCUGCCAGUUGCUGACCCAACGCCCGUACGGGCAUACGUAUCUCUUUGCCACUCACACACACACAUAACCGCAAUCUACACGGCCGCACAAUGGGCAAGAAGAACUCCAAAUUGAAGCAGGAUACCAUUGAUCGUCUGACGACAGACACAUACUUUACCGAAAAGGAAAUACGUCAAUGGCACAAAGGUUUUCUUAAAGACUGCCCGAAUGGUCUGCUGACUGAACAAGGAUUCAUCAAAAUUUAUAAGCAAUUUUUCCCGGACGGAGACCCCAGUAAAUUUGCCUCCUUGGUAUUUCGAGUAUUCGAUGAGAACAAUGACGGAGCCAUUGAGUUUGAGGAAUUUAUUCGGGCUUUAUCCAUAACAUCACGUGGAAACCUGGAUGAGAAGUUACACUGGGCCUUUCGUCUUUAUGAUGUGGACAAUGAUGGCUACAUUACUCGAGAGGAAAUGUACAAUAUUGUUGAUGCCAUUUAUCAGAUGGUGGGCCAACAGCCGCAAACGGAGGAUGAGAAUACACCGCAGAAGCGUGUCGAUAAGAUCUUCGAUCAAAUGGAUAAGAAUCAUGAUGACCGCCUCACCUUAGAAGAGUUUCGUGAGGGUAGUAAAGCUGAUCCACGUAUAGUGCAGGCGUUAAGUUUAGGUGGUGAUUAACCGCAAGAAUUGUAAUUGCGCUUAAAUUCGAGAUUGUCACAGAGUUGGAAGCAUGAAGCAAAGACAACGAAUUCGUGCACAAUAAAUAAAUAUGGUUUGAUAUAAUGGUUAAGUAACUUUGCAAGAAGUUUAUACAUACAGAAACACAUCCACACACACACACACACAUACACAAGCAGACCUACACACAGACACACAUAUGUAUUAUAUGUCAUUUGUCUAGUGGCAGCUUGUUAGCCCCAAAUAUCGAAACGCAAAUUGAAAACAAAAACUGAAACUUGAAUUUGUUUAAGUGAAAUUCCAAAUAAUGCAGAUAUUUAAUACAUAUACAUAUACUACAACGAUAAAAAUUAUAAAAACAAUUAACAAUGCAGCCCACAGAGGAAUGUCAUGCAAAAUUCGUCAAAAAACACCAAUUUAAAUAAUAGCGUCGCUUUUUUAAAAUUACUUACUUAUACAAGUAUGUGCAUAUAUGUAUAUAUAAGAGUAU